CUACUUGUACACAAUGGUUUCUACGGAAAUGGGACACUUAACUCGAGUUAACAUGUAAUUCAAAGCAGGAAAUCCAAAGUGCUUACAAUACAGUGUAAUGACUACUGAUGCGCAGUUCGGAGAUUUAUAUGCAAUUUGAAUAACAUUUCGGUAUUACUUGCGACCUUAUGAAACACAAUAUAUUAGGAAAGUCAGUUGAUUGACAUUUAUAAUGGCGUCAUCACUACCAGUAAUUCAGGAUAAGGAGUUCGUUAACUGGCUUAAAGGCGCUCUUGCUCUGCUUUUUGCAAAACAAGGAUUGGACGACUUUGUCAGUGACGAAAUGACACAAUUUCAAAAGGACAUGUUGGCAUCAAUAUUCCAAAAGAAAGCUUUGCCUGCUGGAACCGUCUGUAACUCGUGUACUACUGAAAAUAUUCUAGCCUGUCCAACACAAAACUUCUGCUCGAAAAGUCGAUGUAAAUUACAUGAUACAGGUCAAGCAGAUAAACGGCCUAACCAACCAUGUCCAAAUGGACUAUGCCAGGAUAUCCGGGACUGUAUUCGACGUGAACACAGAUAUAAUGGACCUUCCUGGAAGAACACGAAUGCAAGGAGAUGGAGUAAUGAUGCCUUUGAAAUCGCAAAAUGCUACAUGCCUCCGGAUGGUUAUUCAGGUGUAACCAGUCUUGCAGAUACUGAUUUCAAUGGUACUUUGGCUGUUAUCAUCAACAACAAGCGUUUUCAAAACAAAAUGUCAGCCCAACUUAGUCAGCCGAACAAUGUGUGCACUAAGGCACGGGAGGCAGGUCGUAAUAUACGACAUUCAGCAGAUUUGAAUAUCUCUGAGAGAAAAUUGAUGCAAUACGUCGAUAUCUUAAUUGACCUUUUGUCUGAUGCAAAAUACUUGGCCACUGAUCAAAAUGCAAAGGAUGCAGUGGAAAAACUAAAACAGUUAAAAUCAAACACGUUAACUAUAACUACAGCAGACAUUACGACAGUGUUAGACAACGCAAUCAAAGUUAGGCAACUUGAUGCGUUGCAGUCAAUUGAAAAGAAAACGCAGUCCUCCAUUCAGCUCUUGCAGGGUGUUAAAGCCUUAAUUGCUGACGUAAAAACCUUAACUGUGACAAGUUUGGAUCAGAUCAUUGCAGAGAAACAAUCUUCUAUUGCUGAAAUCAAGAGAGAAGCAGAAAAGCAGAAAGAAGAAAUAGCAAAAGCAGGUACAAAAAGAAAAGAAAGAAUUGAAAAAGAUAUAAAAGAGGACCUAAUCGAGUUCUACCGAAAAUAUUACUCUACAAUUCCUGUUGCCCCACUCGUAGAAGAACACGAUGUUCCACUGACCGAUUUUUAUGUGCAGCCACCACUUAGUUCCAUUGACGUACGCAGAAUGUUCGGACAGUUUCAGGAACUUCCUAAAAGGACUCCAAUACAUUCAUACCGUGACGUGUUUCUCCGUGAAGAUGGUGAAUUGUACAAAGAGGUUUACGUCACAGCAAAUCCUGGAGUUGGAAAAACAUCUUUUGCGAAGAAAAUAUGCAUGACCUGGUGCGAAGCUCAUAGAUCCACUGGCAUGUUAGAGCGGACAUUCAAAUCAGAAGAUAUAGAUAUGAUGAAAACCUUUGAGUUUUUAUUCAUGGUUUCCUUGCGCGAUGUUAGCACUUCUGUGUGCAGUCUAGAUGGUAUGAUUGAACGAAACCUUCUCAAAUAUCUAGCAAGGUGCUCUCGGUAUUCAAGAGUUGAAUUAGAGGAUAUUUUAAAUGAGAGGACAUGUUUAGUUCUUCUAGAUGGUCUUGAUGAAUGGACCCACCCUACUAUAAGCUGUGACAGAGGUUGUCGAGAUGUCCAUGCAACACCCCACAAGCCAGCUCGAAAAUUAUGCACAGUGCUUACGACAACACGGCCUUGGAAAUUUGACGCUGUAAGACUGGGUACCACUCAAAUUGACAGACACAUAGAAAUAAAUGAGCUGGACAGGGCUUCAUCAGAAGAGAUUAUAAGUAGUGCGGUUAAAGUCCUGAACAGUAGAAGAGUACAGGGCGAAUCAAAGACCGCUAAAGAGUUCGAAAGUACAACGUCAGCUCUGAAGCUCGAUAAUUUGCGCUAUAUCCCCUACAUACUGCUGCAAAUGAUUUGCCUGUGGUUUGACGGAAAGUCAAUAGGAAAAACGACAUGCGAAAUAUAUACUAAUAUCAUAAAACUUACGCUAACUCGGGGUUUAAUAAAGUUAGGAAAGGAAGCUUCAGCACCAAGAGGACCAAGCACAUCAUUAAACAUUCCACCAUGCCCACAUUUGAGUGAAAUUUGUAAAUCACAUUACGACGUAUUAAUCGCUCUUGCUAAACUGGCAUUUGAAAAACUGUUCAAUUCGAAAUUGGAAAGUAAUCUUGUAUUUGACAGGUCUGAAGUUCUUUGCAUUAUAUCAGAGGACAUUCUCCAAUUUUGUUUAGAAAUAGGAUUUUUAUCACAAACUAAAGACUAUGGAUCAGUCUCAGAGAGACGCAGCACUCUUUCAUUUCAACACAAAUCUAUCCAAGAGUAUUUCGCAGCCCUUUAUAUACAGUCGCACUACGACAAUCAAGACGUUCAAAAAAGUAUUCGCAGAGAAUGUAACACACUGCCGGCUAUACUGAAAAUGUCAAAUGUGUUUAUAUUUCUCGGCGGACUAAAUUCUAUUGCAUGUGGUCAUAUUUUUCAAAUAUUUAUGGAGAAUUUGUCUGCUGAUGAGAAAAUAGAGUAUUUCAGGAAUUACUAUAUAUCUGGCCGAACGUUUUUACCAAGAUUGCUUGAAUGCUGGGAAAUUCUGAAAUCCUGGCAGUGCAUGCUGACAGAUUCUGCGCAAGAAAUCAUUAACAAUAAUGGAGAAAGCAAUACUCCUUUAUAUAUCGAAGAUAUAAUCAUAGAUAGCACAAUUACACUAGACACGUGCAUUAUACUUAAAACCCUAACAGGGAACAAUAAGGACAAGAUUAAAUCAAUCAGUAUAUCAGAAUGUCGGUCUACAGAGGAGUUUACAGAAAAACUUGAAACACUCAAGCUGCAAGGUAUGCAUUCGUUACACAGAUUAGUCAUCGAGGCUGUUCCUAAAGAACAAGAUCUUUAUCGUUUACUUUCUGGAUCUGAAGACACAAUAACAUGUUUGAUUCUCGUCUACCUAGUGUUUAGAGACAAUCUGUACUACAGACAUAUCACAGAAAUGUCUGCUGAAACAGUACGCAUUAUGUUACGCAUGGAAAAUUUACAAACAAUAAAUCUGGAACAUAUCCGUAUGAAGCAUGUUGAUAUCAAACAUUUAUUUCAAUACCUGAUGACCAGACAAACAAUGACAUAUAUCAAAUUUAGAAAUAUAAUAUGUAUAGAUCACGAUGAUCAGUGUGAAGGUUUCUGCCUCGAUCUGUCCCGUCACCAGAAUAUUAAGGAAUUUGUUUUAGAUGACGUACCCGUGUCUAUGCUGCAUGUUGACUCUUCCUCACUUGAGAUCUGUGGUGUAGGAAACUUACGACCAGAUGUUCAGUCAUCGUUAGUCCAGUGUCUACCUGAAGCAGAAAUCUAAGCUUAUUGACUUUCCAUUGUUUUAAACCCGAACAGUUUGAUAUUAUUAUAGAUACUCUGCCAAAGUUGCCAAGGCUUGAAAGUGUUGCUAUUCAGUUGACUGAUAUCGGUGAUACAGCACUCACACUGCCACCUCAAAUGACAAAUUUAGAGUUUGUUUACUUCUAUAGGGUAACUAUGACGAGUACUUCACUGAGGUGUCUCAUUGACAGUGUUGCCGUUCUGCCACAACACGUCAAGGUUGAGCUGAGCCGGUGCACCGUAAAAACAGAAAAAGACUAUAGGCGAGUGAAGAAAGAAAUAAGAUUAUCUCCAAAGUACCAAGUGGAGGUUGAUGAAUUGAACGAAAGCGGUGUUAAUAAGUUUUUGUUUUUCAAACUGAAAGACAUGACAUAGUAUUAUCACAUUAUGUUAUAUUAACUUUUUCCCACCUUUUCCCUAACAUCUUUUUCCUUGAUUUCUCAGUAAAUAUAAAACAAUACAAUUAAAAGAAUACGUCAUUACAAUGAACACCACGGGUACUAAAGGGUAGUAUAAGAAUCAAUUUAAACGUUUAGGUUUUGUCAUGCCUUAAAUCGAUUGUUUAAUUUCAGUUGCGAGAUUUUUAGAUGAAUUAUUGUAAUAAAACUUUAAGGAUGUCUAAGCUAGCAUUAAAGCAACACUUCCAUACAAAAAUUAAAAUUUCGGGGCCAUACUUCUACACAGGAAAAAGUCCAUUUCAAGCAUGAAGAAUAUGUCCUACUAUCAUUCAUAGAGGCGAUGAUGUAUAGCUUUUAACUAGAUCUUGCAAAAUCUAGGCUGGUCUUUUUUACUUUUGGGGUUGAACUAAUUCCAACGUGAAUGUUUUGGUGUGGAAUGAGUAAUAAGUAAAGAAAUAAAACAUAAUAAAAUGUC